AUGAAUCCUACCACUUUUUCUACAGCAGUUGAUGCUGCAGAGGUUACUGAAAGGAAUAAGAAUAGGAGUGAGGAAGGGAAGGUUGUAGAAAAGAGAAAAUGGGAGGGAUCCUCAACUGGCUACAGAGGAUCAAAGGGUGCUAAAUUCCACAAAAAACCAAUACAGAGACGGAUGGAGAGAGCCUGCCCAAGAUGCAAACAGGUUCAUCAAGGUAGCUGCAGACCUGAACCAUUGAAAUGUUUUAAUUGUGGAGAAAUUGGGCACACCUCAACAUACUGUAGGCAGAUCAGAAGGUGUUUCCAUUGUAAUUCAUCAGACCAUGUUAAAGACAAGUGUCCACAGCUGAAACCACCACAACUAACUUUGGGAAACAAUGCUCCAAACAACAGAAGAAGGCCUGGUGUUAAUAGGGGAGGAUUUGGUAAAGCUCAAGGCAGAUCCUUCCAAGUGACUGAAACUGAGGCAGAAGCUGCACCAGAUGUGGUAACAGGUACUUUCUCAAUCAACUCAGUAUGUGCUAAGGUGCUUUUUGAUUCAGGUGCAAAAUUUGCAUUUGUAUCUCCUUUACUUGCUAAAAGUGCCUGCAUGAUCCCAAUAUUACUUGAUAUAAAGCUGAUAGUUGAGACUGCAAACAGUCAAGAAACUGUAGCUUCUGUAUACCAAGAUUAUGCCAUCAUUAUUGAAGGUUGUAAGCUACCCAUCCGUUUGUUCCCUAUGCCAAUGAAGGAAUUUGAUGUAGUGGUGGGGAUGGACUGUUUAGCCAGUAACCAGACAUCCAUUUUGUGCAACCAAAAGAGAGUGAAAAUAGAGCUUCCAGGCAAAAGAACAGUCAUAAUAAAGAGUGAUCACCAGGAUCAUCAUCCCAAAUAUCCUGAAGUCUUCCCAAAUGAUCUGUCUGGUCUUCCACCAGACAGGGAUGUGGAAUUCAAAAUUGAACUCACACCAGGGGCUGAACCUAUAGCAAAAGCUCCUUACAGACUAGCCCCAUCUGAAUUAAAAGAGUUGAGGUCUCAGCUAAAGGACUUGCUUCAUAGAGGGUUCAUAAAGCCAAGAAAAGCUAAUGUUGUAGCUGAUGCUCUAAGCCGCAAAGAGAAAAGUGGAACUAUCAAAGCUGUGGCAAUGAGCAUAAAUCUAUCUUUGGACCUUCAUAAGGAGAUAGAGAGAUAUCAGGCAGAGGCUGUUCAAGCAUAG